AUGCAUCCAGUGGAAAACACCUUGGAGUUGUCAGACAGUUUUUCAUGGGAGCGAGGAAGAAUUCUACCAAGUCUGCAGUGUAUGAUGGAUUUAGAGGCUGUAUACAAGGUAUGCUUUUCUUAACAAAUUCCUCUAGUUAAAUUGUAGGCUUAUGUUUCUGUAGCCUGUUCCAGGUAUUAAAUUAGUAGCAAUGCACUGAUUUUCCGAAGCUUGGAGGAAAAGAUAGUUGUUUAUGAGUAUAGGUAAUAACACGAUUUCGAGUGCAAUUUGGUGUUAAUACGCUCGAGUAAAUUUGUCAGUACCACAAAAUUGCACUAGCUGUAGGGCGAGUGAAGUUUGUAGUGUUUUAAAACUUUAUAAGUACUUAUUACACUAAAUUGCAAGAUAAAUCGUGUUAUUACUUGUUAAUAAUUUACAUGAAAAAACAUCACAGAAAGGCAAGACAGACUAAAAGUUAGGUGUGAAGCGUUAAUGUGAGUGCGUAUGUGCGUGCGCACGUGCGUGUGCGAGCAGGUGCGUACAAGCGCGUGCAUGUGUGUUCGUGCGUGCUUGUUUAUGUAGUAAGGGCUGAAACUGUGUAUUGGAGUGAGCAUGGCAAUAGCAGAUGUAUGAAUAUUAGGCCAUUUCCGACUCCUUUUUCGUGAAAAUAGCUUCGUUUGCAAAAUAAUUUAUUUUCUUAUGAGAAGUAUCGUAUCUGGGCUCGUUUUAAAACAGAGGCUGAGGCCUCUCGGAAAUGGUCCAACUCGGUUACCCGUUUAUAUGAGGAGACACUAAACUCCCUCUUUCCCUAUCCGUAG